UGAAAAAUGGUCAAACAACUAAUAAUGAUAAAGUUGUACAGGAUGUUGAUCUUACUUCUGAAAAUAUUAACGUUAAUAAAGAUGCAUCUACUGUAGACAGUGGCGAUUUGGACAUGAGUGCACGUGUCGAAGCCAUUGAAGAUUUUUUUCAUCGCAUUAUCGAUAAAGCGAAAAAUAGUAGUCAACUGCUUGCAG